GGCGCUAUACGCAGUAUAAUGACAAGUUCUCAACUCUGCAAACGUUCCCAUCAUCUGGCUCAGAGAAAGAACUAGGAGGUAACUGGGCCCGCACGAAAAUCAACAGCAGAGACAAGGGAGGCGUCGAGCAACCAAAACAAUAUAGUUUUUUUCAUUUAAAAGAAGCCCUGAAUUGUUUUUGUUUUGCUGCUUUGAUCAAACAAGAGAAGCUAGUGAUAACGCCAUUUGCAAGCUGGACAGUCUGCUGCCUGGUCACUCGUGGUAACUCUUCGCCAUGCCUUUCCCUUUUGGCAAGUCCCACAAGUCACCGGCAGACAUCGUCAAAAACCUUAAGGACAGUAUGACGGUUCUAGAGAAGCACGACAUCUCUGAUAAGAAAGCAGAAAAAGCUGCAGAGGAGGUGUCAAAGAGCCUGGUAGCCAUGAAGGAGAUUCUCUAUGGGACUAAUGAAAAAGAGCCUCAGACGGAAGCAGUGGCCCAGCUCGCCCAGGAACUCUACAACAGUGGCCUGCUCAGCAUACUCAUAGCAGACCUGCAGCUUAUCGAAUUUGAGGGUAAAAAAGAUGUAGCACAGAUCUUCAACAACAUCCUGAGACGCCAAAUCGGUACUCGGACACCCACUGUAGAAUACCUUUGUACCCAGCAGAAUAUCCUCUUCAUGUUGCUUAAAGGGUACGAGUCACCAGACAUUGCCCUAAACUGUGGCAUCAUGCUGAGAGAAUGUAUUAGGCACGAGCCACUGGCCAAAAUCACACUGUGGUCAGAGCAGUUCUACGACUUCUUCAGAUAUGUGGAGAUGUCCACAUUCGACAUUGCCUCAGAUGCAUUUGCCACUUUUAAAGACCUCCUGACAAGACACAAGCUACUGAGUGCUGAGUUUUUGGAGCAGCAUUAUGACAGAUUCUUCAGUGAAUAUGAGAAAUUGCUCCACUCAGAAAACUACGUGACAAAACGGCAGUCCUUGAAGUUACUGGGAGAGUUGCUUCUUGACCGACACAAUUUUACCAUAAUGACAAAAUACAUCAGCAAGCCGGAGAAUCUUAAGCUAAUGAUGAACCUGCUACGGGACAAGAGUCGCAACAUCCAGUUUGAGGCUUUCCAUGUUUUCAAGGUGUUCGUGGCCAACCCCAACAAGACUCAGCCCAUCCUAGAUAUCCUGCUAAAGAACCAGACCAAGCUCAUAGAGUUUCUUAGCAAGUUCCAGAAUGACAGAACAGAGGACGAACAGUUCAACGACGAAAAGACUUACCUGGUCAAACAGAUCAGGGACCUUAAGAGGCCUGCACCCCAAGAGGCCUGAUAGUUCUAAAGUGCACCAAGGAGCAGCCAGGACCAGGUCUGGACAACACCCGGACAACGUCUGCUUAACGGACCCAUCAGCAACUGGUGUUCUGAUUUUUGAACAAAUACUGAUGAACAAAUAAAACAAAAAACAAAAAAAACAAGCCCACAUCAUCUGGAAGAUGCCAACCGCUCUGCCCAUCAGAACAUCUUGGAUUUUUUGCCCCCUUUUUUUUUUUCCCUCCUGUGUUUUUCCUUCUAAAGAAUUAAGAAAAUAUUAGUUGCUGCUGCUUUCUUGCACAUUGAAACAUUCAAGGCAAACACUGACACAAUAGUGCAUUAAACAUAGUCAAGACAUGGCCGACUUUCCCAGUAGCUCAGAGACAACAAGCACCAAAAUAUCAACAUGUUUACACACACAAGAUCUCACGUGAAAAACCGCCCACAAACAAACACGGUCGAAACGGUACAAGCAGGUUGAACCUUGGCUAAACUGUAACCGGUGGGACUUCUCCAAUGGUCAGCUCUGUGUUGGCGCCACUGCUAUAGUUUUCAUUUAUAUUCAUGCAUUCAACCAACAGACUAACAGUGGGUUGUUUUACAAAGUUCUUAGAUGCCAUCACGCCGAACCGUUCACCUCUUGAGUGCUUUGUCAUGGCACAGCACUCAAACCACGAUAGGAGGCAGGCAAGGGCGGGUGUAAGGCAUGCAUUUUUUUUAGCCCAAAAUUGGGUAUUUUUGUUUUCUUGGACAGGGUGAACAUGUAUGCCUUUUUUUUGUAGUUUUUUUUUGCUUAAUCUUGACACCUUUAAUAUAUAUGAUAUAUAUUACCUUAAACAAAACGUUUUUGGUUAAUUGUGAUAAAAAAAAUACCUUUUUAAACUAUAAGAAAGGUGCCCCCCCCUUUUUUUUCUUUUCCUUUUUUUGGGGAUUUUAUUUACUGCUGAAAUGGUUGCUGGUGGGUUUCAUUGUACAUAACUUAAAAGAGACAGCUUACAUUUAACUAACAUGUAGGAUAUUAACAAUUUGUACAGCAGAAGAAUGUCAUUGUAAUAGUUCUGGAUCUGUUAAUCCCGUUUUUAUUCUGCAUCCAUGGUUUGAGUAUCUCUUACUGCUGAAAGUGUGUGUGUAAGGGGGUGUGUGCGUGUGUGAGAGCAGUGCAUAAGGGGAGGAAAGGGAAUGGAAGAGCAUUAACUGAACCAUUAAAGCCUGUGUUUUGUGCACUUUGUGAGGUGCUGGCUGAUCCGUAUCACUCACCUGAAGUUGAGUGAUCAUUCCCCAACCUCACCACUUGGUUCAUUGAGCUUAGCGUGCCGCGUAGUCCCUUCGUCGGUCUUUUUCAGGUGGGAUCUGGCUCUUUCUUCUGGCACAUUUUUCAGUCUUUUAUCUCCUUCCCACCUUUUCCUUUUCCUUUCACAGGGUUUUAGAAUUCCAGUACAAUGAGGAGUGUAAAGCAUUGUGGGUGUCGCAGUGCUUUGAGUGUGUUUCAUUCGUUCAGGCUUCAGCAAAACCGAUGAAACCACAUUAUCUGCAUUUGUGAUAAAACCACAGUUAAUAAAGAGCGACAUAAAUCCAAAAAUCAAAUGAAACAUUGGUGCAGGUAACUCGAAGGGGCCAGUGUCCAUCCACACUGAACAAGCAUGUUGCUCCACUGGCUGUGCAUGAUGCUGCGCUAAUGAUGUACUGGAAUUUUUUUUUUGUUUUUUCCCCACUUGACCCAGCCUUGGUAUUCAGCGAGAGUGAAAUGGAAUAUUGAGCACGUGACUUUCAGGCCGUAUGCUGACUCCAAUAUCAGCCUAGAGUAUGUGGGUGCUUUUAGAUGUUUAGGCCUGGGCCCAACAGUUGAAAUAAAAGUUGGAAACAUUUUGAAUAAAAUAAAGCUGUUCAUUUUCCCCCUGUGUACGAAAGUUAUUCUGCAUGGACUUCGCUUUAACAUAAAUUCAGUCCAUUGUUAAGAUAUAGGUUAGUUAUC